AUGGCACCAACUAAGAAAAAAGCCAAGAAAAACGUUAAAGCUGCUAAAACCACUAAUGACAAAAAUGAUGAUGGUCAGAAGGAUGAAGGUGUAUUGAGUUCCAGAACUGUGGAUUUAUGGGAUGGUCAAGGUGAAGAUGCAGUCAAAAUUACAAAGAAAAUAAAGCCUUCCAUUAUACCUGCUGUCGAAGUUGAACCUCCUGGAUGCUCAUUCAAUCCUGCACAUGAAAGCCAUCAGGAUGCAUUGGCUCUUGCUGUUGCAGAUGAAAUGGAGAAAAUUUAUCGAGACGAAUUGGGGCCUGAGCCUGUUCCUGUAACUGUUCCUGGAGAAGUUAUCGACGAGGAAGAGAAAUAUUUUCUUGAUGCGGAUGGGGAAGAUGAGGAUGAUCAAAAUGAAAAUCUAAUUGACAAUGGAGAUGCAGAUCCAGAGAAGAGAGCGAAAUCGGUAACACGAGUUGAGAUGAAUCGGAGGAUUAGACGCAAGGAACAAUUGAGAGCUGAAACAGAAGCCAAAAAGGUGGAGAAACUCUCUAAAGGGAUUGACUGCUUACCGGAUCUACUUGAAGAAAUAGCUAAAGAGGAUGAAGAAAAAAGGAAGAGACAUCUCCGUCGCAUUGUUGCUAAAAAGGAACGCCUAAAAGCUUGUCCACCCCGCCUGGGAAAGCACAAAUUUGUGCCUGCUCCUCUCCAAGUCCUAUUAUCUGAAGAAAAAACCGGUUCCCUUCGACAGCUGAAGGGCUGUUGUACCGUUGUCAAGGAUCGAUUUAAGAGCUUGGAGAAAAGAGGAUUAGUUGUUCCAUCAAAGAGGAGUGGCAGGAUAUGGAUGUGACUUUUGCAGGAAGUAGGAUCCUUGGUCAUAGUUUGGUUUGCUUUCCCUUAUGGAACUUUAAGUCGAAUGCUGUGCAGAAUGGCUGCUCCUCAUUGCAGUUCUCACAAAUCUCCUUCUGCCUGCUUGUUACUAUUUAUAUUUCUGGUUCUGGCUCUCAGUAUUUGAAAGGGGAUUUUGUUAGACAAAUUUUACAUCAAAUUAUGCGUUUCGUUUUA